AUGUCGAUUCCUGGACUGGACGCAGAAGGACUGGCCCUCAAGGUAGCAAGUGCGGAGCGAGUGGAGGAUAAUGAAGUUGAGGUGACAGGUAGUGACUCCAGUGGUGCAACGAUUGAGGUUUCCGUCGAUGGCAAGGUCUUGCCAAGCUCAGCUGUUACUGUCAGCGAUGGACAGUGGUCUGCCAAAUCUGCUUUCAUAUCUUUCGAGCCUCCAAAAGCUCUAUACGGCGGCGUGGGAAAAGUAGUCGGCAAUGUUAUGAUUGUCGUUCUGGCAAGGGCGGGUAGAAGAGCGAUCGGCAAGCUGGUACUUGUCAAUCAAAAAGCGAGCUUGAGACAGUAA